GAAAUAAGUAGACCAGAAAGAAUUACGGAGUGUGGUGUCUCGCUUUCUAGCUACAGUAUGUAAAUUAUUAUCAAAGAAGGUAUUUUAUCAGUUGGAGGAAUCAAUGUUUUGUUUAAUUUAUUGACAUAAAUUAUACAUGUGUAACAGUCAGUACUAGCUAGACUGAUGUAUUGGAUGUUCUCUCGACUAUUUUACGGUUACUAACGCAGAAUACUCCUCGCCAAUUGGAACGUCAUGCAUGCAUUAAAAGCAUAAUUGUAAAAAUAUGUAAGUAAAUUGAAUCGUCUAUAAAACGAUUUAUUGGUGAGAAGACUAGUAAAGAAAAAUACUCGUUCCCAUACCGGGAGUCGAACCCGGGCCGCCUGGGUGAAAACCAGGAAUCCUAACCGCUAGACCAUAUGGGAGUAUGAUUUUGUUUGUUAUCAAUGGGCUUUUGAAUGUACUACGCAAUGACAACAACAAUGAAGUAAUCAUGACGGAAAGGUGAGGGAGCUCCGUUACCAACACACACAUCAGUAAGGAAAUCAUGUCUGAGAAAUAGUUUGCAUAAAAACGGAGAAAAAAACGGACAGUCUAACAGGAAGUGCAAAGAGAGAGAGAGAGAGAGAGAGAGAGAGAGAGAGAGAGAAUGUGUGCGUGUGAGACAGACACAGAGAGAGUUAUAACUGUUGUCCCUCCUCUAUCCUUAUAUUCAAUAAGCCUGUCCUCCCUCUGUUCUAUCUGUCCCUCCGUUCUGAGUCGUCAUGUUGUCCAUAGUGGUGGAACACAUCUUUCUCUUGGUCAUCGUCACUCUCAUUAGCGUUCUACAGAAUGCUUUCUUUGCAACAAAGGUAGAGAGGGAGGGUAAAGAGCACAACAACAAAACUGCUUUUGAGAGAGUGUCCUGCGCCAAUCGUAACUGUAUGGAUUCCUACCCUACCUUCCUAGCAGUGAUGUGGUGUGCUGGGCUCUGCCUUAACCAAGCUCCUGCUGCCUUCGCAGGGAUCAUCUACCUGGUGGCCAGGCAGAAGUACUUUGUCGGGUACAUGGGUCAGACAUCUCAGAGCACUCCAGGGUUCCUGUUUGGGAAACGCGUCCUGGCCUUCCUCAUCUUGAUGUGCAUUGUGGGUAUCUUCAACUUCCUGCUGGUGCGUUACUUCGGCAACGACUAUAAAGACACCAUGGAAACGAUCACCAACGCAGCCUCUGCUCUACUCCUCAUUCCCUGAACUACAGCAGUUACUAUAAAGUCUGUUUUGUGUCUGUGUUGAGGUACUACGGAAAGUGACUAUAAAGUCUGUUUUGUGUCUGUGUUGAGGUACUACGGAAAGUGACUAUAAAGUCUGUUUUGUGUCUGUGUUGAGGUACUACGGAAAGUGACUAUAAAGUCUGUUUUGUGUCUGUGUGUAUUUGCACAGUGCAAGGGUAGCAAGUGUGGUGAUGUGAUGGGUGAUUCAAUGUGGUGCAAUUAUCCACUUCUGUGCUCAAUCAUUUCAUGUUUUAUAUUCUUUAUUUUUAAAAUAUUUUUGUCUGGGAAAUAAAAACACAACAGCUA